AGAAACCAACUGUUUAUCAUGAAUGGCACGGAGGGACCAGACUUUUACGUUCCCAUGUCCAAUGUGACUGGCGUGGUGCGCAGCCCUUAUGAAUACCCACAAUUCUACCUGGCCUCACCGCUGGCGUUCUACUGCGUCGCCGCAUACAUGUUCUUCCUCAUCGUGACCUGCAUUCCCGUCAACGGCCUCACGUUGUACGUGACCAUUGAAAACAAAAAGCUUCGAACGCCCCUGAACUACAUCCUUCUGAACUUAGCUGUGGCUGACCUCUUUAUGGUGUUUGGUGGAUUCACGACCACCUUCUACACCUCCUUACAUGGAUAUUUCGUCCUGGGACGUGCCGGCUGCAACUUGGAGGCUCUCUUCGCUACUCUCGGAGGUGAGAUUGCGCUCUGGUCUCUGGUUGUCUUGGCUUUUGAGAGAUGGGUGGUUGUCUGCAAGCCCUUCUCCAAGUUUCGCUUCACGCAACUCCACGCCACCUUCGGUGUCGCAAUUACUUGGACAAUGGCUUGUACGUGUGCCAUACCGCCCCUCCUCGGAUGGUCCCGCUACAUCCCAGAGGGCCUGCAGUGUUCGUGCGGAGUGGACUAUUACACAUUGAAUCCUGAGACUGAGAACGAGUCUUUUGUCAUUUACAUGUUCGUCGUGCAUUUCUCAAUCCCUCUCAUCAUCAUUUCUUUCUGCUACGGCCGUCUGCUUUGCACCGUCAAGGUCGCAGCCGCCCAACAGCAAGAAUCUGAGACUACCCAGAGGGCUGAGCGAGAAGUUACACGAAUGGUAAUCCUCAUGGUGAUCGCUUUCCUAAUAUGUUGGCUACCCUACGCCAGUGUCGCCUGGUAUAUCUUCACCCAUCAGGGCAGUCAGUUCAGCCCCAUUUUUAUGACCAUCCCGGCUUUUUUUGCCAAGAGCUCGGCACUCUAUAACCCACUCAUUUACGUCUUCAUGAAUAAGCAGUUCCGUCACUCCAUGAUGCUAAUACUGUGUUGUGGAAAAGAUCCCUUCCAGGAUGAGGAGGAAGGAAGUUCCACCUCCAAGUCCAAGACAGAGACCUCAUCUGUCUCCAGCACUGAAUCUUCUGCCUGAGGGUCAUCCUCUAGGCUAUUUGCGGAAUAAACAGUUCAGCUGUCUGCAGUCUAUGACAGCUACUUCCCUGUAUGGACAUAUGGAAAAAUCUGGCAUGGCUGAUUAAAUUGUAUAAUCAUAUUUUAGUGAACCGACAUUUCAGCACAGCUCAGACUGUGGAUGGUAAUAUAAAAUAAUCUGUUUUAUUAUGUGACAAGAACAGCACUUUAUUAGUACUUCCAACUCAGUGUCAAAUUUGUCUCCAAGAGGACAUAGGUAUAUUUAGAUUUUAUGAAGAAAAAAAUUCUUGAUGAUAAUGAUAAUGAUUAAUGAUAUUGCUGGGUUUUGACACAAAUGUCACGAUUCGUUUUGAUUAUGCUUUACAAGUUUUUGGGUUUGAGUCGCUCGUUCAUCACGUGACAGCCCCAUAAGCUUAACCUAUGCAGUCUGAGCCGGAAAGAGAUUUGAUUAGUUCAUCUCUCGAGUCUUCGGGUUUGAGUCGUUCGUUCGUCACGUGACAGCCCCAUAAGAAGAACGAACGACUCCAAAAACCAGAAGACUCGAAACAGAUGAACUAAUUCCAGGCCUGUUAUUACUAUAGUAUUGAAGGCUGAAUUUAUAAUACUAAAAGAAUUAUAUUUACUCCAAUUUGUUUUUUAAAAUAUAAACAUUUAAAUGGUCUCUGUCAUAAAAAAAAAUUGACAGAUUUAUUUAAAUAUUAACUUAAAUGUUAAAGAACAGUAAAAAAUUAUAAUGAAUGUUAUGAUGCAUAUAUUUCGCUAGUUGACCAACAAGUUUGUGGUCACCGAAUUUUUUUUUUCCUUGAG